CGGAAUAAAAUCCAAAUUUCUCCUAUUUUGUCCUACGUAGAUUUAUAGCUUAAAGUUUAUUUUCUCGUUUUAAACACAGCCAAGUCUUUCCAAUAGGAACAGGAUAUGGCACAGGGAAGACAGGUGGAGAAUUCGGUCUGGGACGAGUGGAGAUCAUCCGUUGUUUAUGCUGUGCGUCGCUUUGGCUUGAGUACCUGGAACAAGCUGAGGAGAGGGUCUGGUGGAGCCUGGUCUCGUACAGCAUCCAAUCGAACAAAGAGGCUGAAGGUUGGUCAAGAAAUGACUGCAACUUUAGAUGAAAAGGGCAUUUGUGCCUCUUCUGAGCCUGCAACUUACUAUCAUGCCAUUUACCAGCUCAAGGAGGGAGAAGAGAAUAUAAAUUACCCGGAUACAUCAUUUAGCUCUGAAGAUGAUUGUGGCAUGAGAUACUAUGAAGCAGUCAGUCAAGAACUUCAAGACCUAGAUCAUGUCGCAAGGAAGAGAAAAGAGAUUGUGCAACAAAACAGUGUAAUCAGAACCCAUGAAAUGUACAAUCAUGACCUAUCCCAAAACAAUUCCCAACAAUGCUUUCUCCAGCACAAGAACAUUCAUCAGCCUCCACAAAGGAAAAUGUGCAAAGACCACAGGCUUGAGCAGAAAAAUCCAAUAUUGGGAAUGGCUCGCUUCGGAGACGACGUGUCAGCUCGGUAUGGAGGUGGAGGUCCUGGCGGCGGGGGAAGAGGUGCGGGCCGCCAGGGAGGUCCCCAGGCCGCCCAGAGAGGGAUGUAUGGCUCCAAAUCGAUGGCCCAAAGAGCCCGGACUAUGGCCCUUUACAACCCCAUCCCCGUCCGUCAGAACUGUUUUACAGUCAACAGAUCACUUUUUAUAUUUAGUGAGGACAAUAUCAUACGAAAAUAUGCCAAAAGAAUAACCGAGUGGCCUCCAUUUGAAUACAUGAUAUUAGCGACCAUUAUUGCAAACUGCAUUGUUUUAGCUUUGGAGCAACACCUUCCUGAUGGAGAUAAAACGCCCAUGUCUGAGAGAUUGGAUGACACUGAGCCUUAUUUCAUUGGAAUAUUUUGCUUUGAAGCUGGCAUCAAAAUUAUUGCUCUUGGAUUCGCUUUUCAUAAAGGUUCUUACCUUCGAAAUGGCUGGAAUGUGAUGGAUUUUGUGGUGGUCCUCACAGGGAUUUUAGCCACUGUUGGAACGGACUUUGAUCUGAGGACCUUGAGGGCUGUCCGAGUGCUACGACCAUUGAAACUUGUAUCAGGAAUUCCAAGUUUGCAAGUUGUACUAAAGUCGAUAAUGAAGGCCAUGGUCCCACUGCUUCAGAUUGGGCUUCUCUUGUUCUUUGCGAUCGUAAUGUUUGCCAUUAUUGGUCUGGAGUUCUACAUGGGAAAAUUUCACCAAACCUGCUUCAGUGAGGAAACAAAUCAACCAGUGACAGAUUUUCCAUGUGGCUCGCGGGAAUGUCCAAAUGGAACAAUUUGUAAAGGAUACUGGACUGGACCCAACUAUGGAAUUACAAAUUUUGAUAAUAUCCUGUUUGCUGUGCUCACAGUCUUCCAGUGUAUCACCAUGGAGGGGUGGACUGACAUUUUGUACAACAUCCUUUCCUGAACUUUAGCUAAGCUUUUGGAUUCUGUCUUCAGUUACGAUUUAACCUCAGAAAAGAAAACCAGACAGUAGGCCAGCAGCCUGCCUUUGACCUCCAUCUCUCUCAAAGUCGGAUCUCCAGAAAGAAUCCUGUAUUUUGCCUACAGAGUGAAUUAAUUCCCAGCAUACAAGAAUACUUUGCUGCAUCUUCAACCACUUCAUCCGAGUUCCUAAGACAAAGACCAUGAAUUUUACUAGAA